AUGAUAGCAGGGGAGGAGGGGAAGAGGAAGGAGGAGAGGCGACCACGGAAAGUGCGGCUGGGCAGCCAGGACUGGUGUGGGGUCAUGACCGGAGCUUCAGGGUGUCCCUACUGCCACCUUCUCCUCUUGCUCCUGCUGCUGCUGACUGCCUUACUCAUGGCCGCGCCCUUCAACCAGGUGCCSGGCGAACAGCGGUCCCCAGAGCUCUGGGCCCCACAGGACGCCGACUUGCAGCUGAUCCGCAGCCGGCCCUCGGGUCCUGCAAGGCCCUAGGGCUUGUCGCGGGAGGCUGGCGACUACCAGUACGCGCCGAAGCCGAAACACAGGCGCCCGGAUCGGCUGUUGAGUCUGCUGGGCGCCUCCUACGAUCCCUUCUGGUUGACGGAGGAGGAGCCUCACCGUGGCGGACACCGGGAGGGGCGGAUGGGCACGCUGAGCCGCGAGCUGGCUGACAGCAUGGAGCGCUACCUCGGCCAGCUGGCUCGGGAGGUCGCCGAGCUGCCGCUGCCCGCACUGCCGGCCCUGGAGCCCAACACCAGCAGCGGAGCCUGGGGGCUGCGGGAGGCUUCGAGCAUUCUGCGCCACUGGCUGGUGGACCUCGCUUCCUGUGGCCUCAACUCAUCUUGGGUAGAUCUGGGCCCCGUUUUCUGGCCCCGCUGGGUCCGCCACACCGACUGCGAUGCGUUGCCUCCCGCUUGUUCCUGGCCGCCUGGCAUGACCUGCCGGCCUGCACAGACCAUGCACAUCAAGCUGCUGGCCUGGCACUGCUGGUUGAGGCCCAGGCUGCCACCAGGUCAGGCACACCCCCUGCAGCAGUGCGCAUGGCGCCAGGUGCUCUACCCAGUAGUGGCGGCCUGCAAGUGUUCCUGCCGCUGA